ACGCGACACGGACGGUUCGGUCCGUCCGUCAAUCCCGAGACGACACGGUCUGUUCUUUGCUGGCCGCGGAUCCUCGAGCCACCGACACGCAGCGUGGCAACGGAAAUAGAGGGCUCUGAUCAAACAACGCCGUGACGUGGGCUUCGCGCUCGUCAGAGGCCCGUUGAGCCUCCUGGGGGAUGCCACUCGAACGCCGUCUGCACCGGAAGCAGGCGUGGGAUCUGACUGCGGCAUUGCCUUUCUACCCUCGGCCCAGCAAUGAGUUCCACAUUCUCUCAUCGCCAGCACUAACAUCAAGUCCAACACAACAGCCGGCCGGUGCCGUGUCCCGCCCAUUCAACGUUCCACGUAAGGCCGCUCUACACUACAAUGCAUACCAGGCGCAGAGGACCAUUUGCAACUACCGACGGAAAGUGGUACACCGCAUCUCCGAGGUAAUGAAAUUGCUUCUCUGGAAUGUACAC